GCCAAGCAAGCAACAUGUACAAGCAGCUGUUCGUCGUCCUGGCCGUGGUGGCAGCCUGCCUGGCCGCCCCCGGACCCAAGCCGGCCCCCGGCCUGCUGGCCAGCUACGUCGCCGCCGCCCCCGCCGCCUACACCACCCACGCAGUCGCCGCCCCCGUCGCCUACACCGCUGCCGCAGCCCCCGUGGCUUACGCCGCCCCCUACUCUGCUACCUACGUCGCCCCGUAUCACGCUGCCUACAGCGCAGCCAUCUUGGGAUGAACUUCGCAUCCAAUGAUACACCUCAUCAUUAAUUGUGUUUAUUGUGAUAAUCAGUGGAAAUAAAGCUACUAUCAUCUUA